AUGAACUUCCUAUCACGAACUGUUCCACCUAGACUUUUGGAGUCUGCUGCAGCCAUCCAUGACACACUGACAAGAUCAACAUUCACCAAUCUCUUGGGUAGAGGCAAUCUAACAGACAGGCAGUGGCUUCAAGCAACUUUACCAAUACGACAUGGAGGAUUUGGUUUCACAGCUUUAACAACUACAGCACCAUUUGCAUUUCUGUCUAGUUGGGCUUCAACCCUGCAUACAAUAGCAAAACGAAUUCCUGAUGCUGAGAGAUUGCUUGAUGAAGUUCAGAAUUUACAUCAUUCAAAUAGUUCCAUCAGCAAAGAUUUAUGCAAUGUUUUGCCGCAAAACAAAACUCUCGUAGAAGUUAUUAACGACAGGAAGCAACUACAACACAAGCUGACUGAGGAAUACAUGAAAUCUGUGUCAAAUGGUUUUAUUCAGAAUUCAUCUUCAACUAGAGGCCAAUCUCGAAUGAUGUCCAUGCAAGGCAAAGGUGCAGGAGCGUGGCUCUUGACAGUACUAUCAUCAUCAUGGCAUGCAUUAUCUCCGAGCGAUUUCCCCUUGGCAUUCUUGAUGAGACUGGGCUGCCAAAUGCCUUUGGCUGGUCAGUGUGACUGUGGGAAAGAAUUAGACUCAGAUGGAUACCAUGUAAGACUGGGGCGGCCCAGUAAUCAGCCAUAA